CCUUGCCUGCAGCACCAUGGUGGAGCUCAGCAGCAAAGUCAGCAGGACGCUCAACAAGACCACACCAGGCAUCCAGAUAUGGCGAAUUGAGAACAUGGAGAUGGUGCCAGUGCCCACCAAAAGCUAUGGCAGCUUCUACGAGGGGGAUUGCUAUGUCCUGCUGUCGACACGCAAGAGUGGGAGCAGCUUCAGCUACGACAUCCACUACUGGCUGGGCAAGGAGUCGAGCCAGGAUGAGCAGGGUGCGGCCGCCAUCUACACCAUCCAGAUGGACGAUCACCUGGGCACAGUGGCCGUGCAGCACCGGGAGGUCCAGGGCCACGAGAGCGAGACCUUCCGAGCCUACUUCAAACAGGGACUUAUCUAUAAGAAGGGUGGUGUGGCCUCGGGAAUGAAGCAUGUGGAGACAAACACCUACAACAUCCAGCGCCUGCUGCAUGUGAAGGGCAAGAAGAACGUGGUGGCAGGAGAGGUGGAAAUGAGCUGGGAAAGCUUCAACCGGGGGGAUGUGUUCCUGCUGGACCUGGGACAGCUCAUCAUCCAGUGGAACGGUCCCGAGAGCAACCGGAAUGAGCGGCUGAAGGCAAUGACCCUGGCCAAGGACAUCCGUGACCGGGAGCGCGGGGGCCGUGCCAAGGUGGGAAUAGUGGAUGGGGAAGACGAAGGCUCCUCGCCGGGGCUCAUGCAGGUGCUCACGCACGUUCUGGGUGAGAAGAGGGACAUCAAGGCGGCCAUUCCUGAUGACAAAGUGGACCAGAAGCUCAAGUCGUCCCUCAAGCUCUACCAUGUCUCCAAUGCCAGUGGGAACCUGGUGAUACAGGAGGUGGCGGUUCGACCCCUGACCCAAGACAUGCUGCUGCAUGAGGACUGCUACAUCCUUGAUCAAGGAGGUCUCAAGAUCUUUGUGUGGAAGGGAAAGAAUGCCAACAAGGAGGAGAAGCAGCAGGCGAUGAGCAGGGCGCUGGGCUUCAUCAAAGCCAAGAACUACCCAGACAGCACCAGUGUGGAGACGGAAAACGAUGGAUCUGAGUCCGCCAUCUUCAGGCAGCUCUUCCAGAAGUGGACUGUCCCCAACCAGACCAGUGGGUUGGGGAAGACUUUCACAGCAGGCAAAGUAGCCAAGGUGGAGCAGGUGAAGUUUGAUGCCACCACGCUGCACGCCAAGCCCCAGAUGGCUGCCCAGCAGAAGAUGGUGGAUGAUGGAACUGGGGAGGUGGAGGUCUGGCGUGUGGAGAACCAGGAGCUGGUGCCCGUGGAGAAGAGGUGGUUGGGCCAUUUCUAUGGUGGGGACUGCUACCUGAUUCUCUACACUUAUUUCGUGGGGCCCAAGGUAAACCGCAUCAUCUACAUCUGGCAGGGCCGCCACGCCAGCACAGAUGAGCUGGCCGCCUCUGCCUACCAAGCCGUCAUCCUGGACCAGAAGUACAACAACGAGCCCGUGCAGGUCCGCGUCACCAUGGGCAAGGAGCCGGCCCACCUGAUGGCCAUCUUCAAGGGCAAGAUGGUGGUGUACGCGGGUGGCACCUCACGGUCGGGCAGCACGGAGCCCACACCUUCCACCCGCCUCUUCCAUGUGCACGGCACCAACGAGUACAACACCAAGGCCUUUGAGGUGCCCGUCCGUGCCUCCUCCCUCAACUCCAAUGAUGUCUUUGUGCUCAAGACCCCCGGCUGCUGCUACCUCUGGUAUGGGAAGGGCUGCAGCGGAGACGAGCGUGAGAUGGGCAAGACAGUGGCUGACAUCAUCUCCAAGACAGAGAAGCUGGUGACCGCAGAGGGACAGGAGCCACCUGAGUUCUGGCUGGCCCUGGGGGGCAAGUCCCAGUAUGCCAACAGCAAGAGGCUGCAGGAAGAGAACCCCUCCAUGCCCCCCCGCCUCUUUGAGUGCUCCAACAAGACAGGCACCUUCUUGGCAACGGAGAUUGUAGACUUCACCCAGGAUGACCUGGAGGAGAAUGAUGUUUAUGUCCUGGACACCUGGGAUCAGGUUUUCUUCUGGAUUGGGAAAGGUGCCAACGAGUCAGAGAAGGAGGCAGCGGCGGUGAUGGUGCAGGAGUACCUGCGGAGCCACCCCAGUGGGCGCGACCUUGACACCCCCAUCAUUGUGGUGAAGCAGGGCUACGAGCCCCCCACCUUCACCGGCUGGUUCCUGGCCUGGGACCCUCUCUGCUGGGCUGAUAAGAAAUCCUACGAGGAGCUGAAAGCCGAGCUGGGGGAUGAGAGCAGCCUCGGGCAGCUCACCUCAGAGCUCACAUCCAGGCAAGAGGUCUUCACUGCCACCACCCCCCUGCUCCCCGAAAAGCUGCAGAUCUUCCCCCUGGAUGUGCUAGUGAGCACCGCGGCUGAGGACCUGCCACGGGGUGUGGAUCCCAGCAGGAAGGAGUGCCACCUCUCUGACCAGGACUUCCAGGCUGUUUUCGGCAUGAGCCGCUCCGCCUUCGGCAGCCUGCCCUUGUGGAAACAACAGGCGCUCAAGAAGGACAAAGGACUCUUCUAGGGCAGAGCCUGGGCACAG